AUGGAAUAUAUAGUAAGGGAUUUUUCAUCCAUUUCUGAUUUCUUAUAUGAAAUUUAAAGUUCUUAUGUGAAUCAAAAUGCUGUUCAGUAUAAGUAUAAUCAUAAUAAGAGCAUUUAAUUCAUUUGAUAUAAUAUUUAUAGCAGGAAGUGGAACUACAUUACCAUGGUCACAAUAGAUGGAAAAGAUAUUAGUAUUAUAAAGAAUGUGCAUCAAAAUUAAUAAAUAUUUAUUUGCAUGUGGUUGUGGAAUGAUGGGUUUAGUAUUUCUUUCAGCAUCUAAUUUUGAUAGAACUGUUUAUUUUACAAAUGAUGAAUUACAUCCUUAAAAAUACUUUAUAGAGAAAAGCACUGGUGAUAUAUUUGUAUAUCAUCCUGAUACAAAAACAUGGUAACCUAAAAGUAAUGCAGGAUUGCAUAAUAAUAAAGCAGCCCAAGAGUUUCAAACUUUAGGAAAAUACAUCCUCAAAGCUCCUAUUUAUCGUCCAUUUAAAAAUAUUGAAGUAUAUGCUAGCAAAAGUAAUGAAAUCAUUGUACAUAUAAAAUCUUCUCAUAUAAAUCAUUACAUUUUUGAAGGUGUUAAAAGUUAAUCCUUUGUUGCCACUACAUCUUCAAAAUGGGAUGUUCAUUCAUUUUCUUUUCCUUCUAUUGAAAGAGCAUUUACAAUAUUAGCAGAAUCUGAUAGAGGUCCAAUCAUUAUUGAAUAUGGCUCCUAUAUUUUAGCUACUUUAUUUGAUAUUUCAUUAAAUUAUGAAGCAACUACAUAGAUUAUUGCUAAUUUUAUUAAAACAACAGUAGAUAAGAUAAAAGGAGGAGCAAAAAUUUAAGAAUAAUCAUAAGGAGUUUAUAUAGGGAAAAAUAAAUUUAAAGCUAAAAGAAAUCUAAAAAUUGAAUUACUCUAUCGAUCAGCUCCUAAUUCCCCUGAACAUUCAUAAUAAUAAUCAUUCAAACAUAGUGGUUUUGCUGUUAAAAAAUCUUAAUAAAUAUUUACUUCAUAAAAUUUCAUUUCACCUCACAGUUUUCAUUAAUCUCCAUAAAUGAUGAAGAAACUACCAUUAAAUAAAAAGUUGAGAAAUUUGAAAUUAGAAUAAGCUGAAUAAGAAUAAUAAACUUUUUAAACCCCUUAAUCUUGUAUGACGAGAAAUGAAAUUAUUAAACUCCUCCAUCCUUCUUUAGAUAUGGAAUUCAGUUCUUUCUGGAUUCCUGGUUAACAAACUAAAUUAUCCAAUACUAUUAAAUCAAAAAGAAAAUGA